GCACGGGAAGUAUUGCGUCACUGAACGGCCGCGUACACACGCACUGCUUCAUGUAGGUGUGGGAGCAACUUUAGGAAACAAAGUGUCCAUCGCUUCAAAAGUAUCACACAUUUUCUACUUGUUCUCCGUUGGUUUAAUAUUUUCGAAAGACCUUUUAAAAUCCAACGAGAUCAACAGACGUUCGGGUCACUGUCCUGGUCCUCACUCUGCUCUCAGUAUGUCCGAUGGGGACUAUGAUUACCUCAUCAAGUUCCUCGCACUGGGGGACUCUGGGGUGGGUAAGACCAGCUUUCUAUAUCAGUACACAGACAGCAAAUUCAACUCCAAAUUCAUCACCACAGUGGGAAUAGACUUCAGAGAAAAACGUGUGGUGUAUAAAUCCAACGGUCCUGAUGGCACAGCCGGGAGAGGUCAGAGGAUCCACAUUCAGCUGUGGGAUACAGCCGGACAGGAGAGAUUUCGGAGUUUGACCACUGCGUUCUUCAGGGAUGCCAUGGGUUUCCUGUUGCUCUUUGACCUCACGAGCGAGCAGAGCUUCCUUAAUGUGCGGAACUGGAUGAGUCAGCUGCAGACGCAUGCGUACUGCGAGAAUCCUGACAUUGUCUUGUGUGGAAACAAAUCCGACCUGGGGGACCAGCGUGCAGUGAAAGCGGACAAUGCACGAGAACUGGCCGAAAAAUAUGGUGUCCCGUACUUUGAGACAAGUGCUGCGAACGGGGAAAACGUGAGCCAUGCUGUGGAGGUUCUGCUGGAUUUGAUCAUGAAGCGCAUGGAGAGAUGUGUGGACAAAUCCUGGAUACCCGACGGAACGGUUCGCACCAACGGUCACAGCACCAGCGACCUGGCAGAACCGCGGGACACAGACCAGAGCAAGUGUGCCUGCUAAUGUAAUGAUCCUCCCGGUGGGCCUCUGCUUCCAGAUCUCUUUCACCAGUAGUAGUAUAUAUUUCAGUUUAAUUCAGUGGAUGUAGAGGAUUAAACCAGGGGUCGCCACAUCCUCACUUAGUUUUUCUCAGAAUGGACUAAAGCCACCUACAUUAUCAUCAAGCUUUCGGCUGGUUACCAGUCUCCACGUUUUGAGAGCACUUUACACCAAAUCCUUCAUUCAAAACCCUUUAUAUAUCAGACUAGAUUUGUAUCAAGGGCUUGAUUUCUCUCACUGUGUGUGUUUCACUGUUAUUGCACAUGUAUUGUUAAAGCAGUUGUUAGAAAAUUAGGUUUUUGUUGAUUUCUAAAUGAAAACCUCACCUCUCAAAAUGAUAUAAAUGCAUUUAGAAAAUAUACAUUACAAACAGUUAUUGUCAUUAUCUCACCCCGUCAUUUGAAACC